UUCUUGACUCAUUUCUCUUUCAAACAUACUCUCUCUCUCUCCAGAACCCAUUUCUAGAGAAUCUCUCUUACAACAGACCUCUCUCACCAUGUCUGAAAGUGAAGAAGAAGUUGAUCUUCCCCGUUUCUUCAAGGUCUUCCUCUCAGAAACUGCUUCUGAAUCCAUGGCGAUUCCGAUGUCUUUCAGUGAGCAUCUUCAAGACCCACUGCCACAAACAGCUAAGCUCCAAGGCAUUGGAGGUGGUGUUUGGACUGUGAGCUUCAAGAAAAUACGUGACUGUGCGUAUUUCACUUCAGGGUGGUCCAAGUUUGCAGAGGACCAUGAGCUCAAGGACGGAGAGUUCUUGACCUUUGUAUACGACGGUUCCCACACUUUUGAAGUCAGUGUCUUUGGUCUUUCUGGUUGUAAAGAGAUGAGAGCUGUCGUGGAGACAGUCAAUCUCUCUGAUGCUAACUCUGACGAAGAAGAAGAAGAAGGUGAUGAUGAUCCUUCAUUCGAUGCUGGCGAAGAUGAUGAAGUCAGCCAGGGUCUGUGCCCUGUUGACAGUGAUGAGACAGUAUCUAAUGCUGAAGUUGCUGCAGGGUUUUCGAGUUUGGAGGUUGAGUCUAAUCCAUGCUUUACUACCACCCUCAAGAACAGGAUUUAUGAGCUGUUGAUUCCUGCAAUUGUGGUGAAAGAACAUAGACUUACGUUUUGUGACCGCAUCAAGUACAUUGAUGGAGAAGGGAUCAUGUAUGGGGCUAAAGGGAAAUGGUCUGACGAUAGGAUUUGCUUCAAAGGAUGGGACAGGAUUUGUAGAAGGAACAGGCUUAAAGAGUUUGAUGUUGUCCACUGCGAGAUGCUUCAUAUCAGGAAGAAAGUUCACUCAAUCAAGAUCACAAUCACACGUGGACGUUGAAUCACUCAUCAUCAUCAUCAUCACCACACCCUUCAUCCAUCACUAUCAUGAGAUCCAUGGCUUUUGUUUGUUGUAGUUUUCUUAUCAGGUUUAUACUUAGUAGUACUUUCUUUAUCCCCAAGGAACCGUGUGAACUUAAUGGUUUCAUGUUGUAUUUUGAAUUCUUAUUAUGUA